GCGCUGCUGCCCGGCGUAGGCGCGGUGCGGAGCCGCAGCUGCCCGCCCGCCUUUCCCAUGGCCGACAUGGAGCUCUUCGGUGCCCAGCAGCCACAGCAGCCGCCCGCCGGGAACGGGGCGCCCGACGGCGGAGAGGAGGAUCCCGCCGCCGCUUUCCUGGCGCAGCAGGAGAACGAGAUCGCGGGCAUCGAGAACGAUGAGGGCUACGGCAUCCUGGAAAACGGCGAGGUGCCCGAGGCGCUGCAGGGUCCCGAGGGCCUCGUCGCGGAUGCUGUUGAUGGAGUGGUUAACGGGGAUGUCUAUCAGGAGAGUAAUGGUCCCACAGACUGCUAUGCUGCCAUUUCCCAAGUAGAUCGACUGCAAUCAGAACCAGAAAGUAUUCGUAAGUGGAGAGAGGAGCAAAAGGAGCGCCUGGAGCAACUUGAUGCAAACUCACGAAAGCAGGAAGCAGAAUGGAAAGAGAAAGCAAUAAAAGAGUUGGAAGAGUGGUAUGCAAGGCAAGAUGAGAAACUUGAGAAAACAAAGGCCAGUAACAGGGUGGCAGAUGAAGCUUUCUACAAACAACCCUUCGCUGACGUGAUUGGUUAUGUCACAAACAUAAAUCAUCCUUGCUACAGCCUAGAACAGGCAGCUGAAGAAGCCUUUGUGAAUGAUGCGGAAGAAGUUUUUCUGGGCACUGAGUGGGAACGUGUGGCUCAGCUCUGUGACUUUAAUCCCAAGUCUAGUAAGCAGGCAAAAGAUGUGUCCCGCAUGCGUUCAGUCCUCAUCUCACUCAAGCAGGCUCCGCUGGUUCGCUGAAGCAAAGCUCAAUGGAAACACUACAGAUGCAAUAUCUUAACCUUACUCAGAGAAGCUAUGUUUGCAGUAAUUUGAUUAAUUGUUUCAAUGUGUUUUUUUUGGACCACAUCAUGAUGUAUCUAGAGCUGAUCAUUGUUUGAUUGCAUGUUCUUCCUGAUGUUUCCUUUCUAUGUCUGAAAUGGGAGAACCUCCAAAACUGUAGUCUCUGUGCUGUUGUGCACUGAGGUGUCAUUUCCCACAUUACUGAUAUUAAAGAUCUGUUAAACAGCAAAA